UGACGUAAUGCGUCAUCGGAGAAAAAGAAGCGAAAGAAGUUUAGCUGGAAUCAAACACGCCAAACAAUAGUUUAUUUCAUCUCAACAAUCCUUGGAAUCACGAUGGCGGCCGCGGACGUUGCAGUGAUGAAGAAUGAUCUAACACGCUCGUUGAAACAAUCGGGACAUGUCGGAUUCGACAGCUUACCCGAUCAGUUGGUCAGCAAGAGCGUCCAAAAUGGAUUCGUGUUUAACAUUAUGUGCAUCGGAGAGACGGGUCUCGGCAAGUCGACACUGAUGGACUCGCUGUUCAACACGAAUUUUGAAUCGCAGCCAAGUCCUCACACGCUCCCGAGUGUUAAGCUAAAGGCACACACGUACGAGCUGCAAGAGAGCAUGGUUCGGCUAAAGCUGACGAUCUGCGAUACGGUUGGUUACGGCGACCAGAUCAAUAAGGACGACUCGUUCAAGGCGGUAGUCGACUAUAUUGAUCAGCAGUUCGAGGCAUUCCUGCAGGAGGAGCUCAAGAUUAAGCGCUCACUGUCGACGUACCACGACAGCCGUACGCACAUCUGUCUGUAUUUCAUCUGUCCCACCGGACAUGGGUUGAAGUCGCUCGAUUUGGUAUGCAUGAAGAUGCUCGAUUCGAAGGUCAACAUCAUUCCGAUCAUCGCCAAGGCAGACACGAUCUCAAAAACGGAGUUGGCCAAAUUUAAGGCAAAGAUUAACGAUGAACUUCGUGUGAACGGUGUCCAGAUCUAUCAGUUCCCGACCGAUGACGAAUCGGUGGCGGAAGUGAACACCACGAUGAACUCGCACAUUCCAUUUGCGGUCGUGGGCAGUACGGAUUUUGUGCGAGUCGGCCAGAAGACGGUACGGGCACGCCAAUAUCCGUGGGGUACGGUACAGGUGGAGAACGAAGCGCACUGCGAUUUUGUGAAGCUGCGUGAAAUGUUGAUCCGCACAAACAUGGAGGAUAUGCGCGAGAAGACGCACACGCGCCAUUAUGAACUGUACCGGCAGAAGCGGCUGGAGGAGAUGGGAUUCACCGAUGUGGACAGCGACAAUAAGCCGGUAUCGUUUCAGCAGACGUUCGAGGCGAAGCGCAGCAACCAUCUGGCUGAGCUGCAGGCCAAGGAGGAUGAGGUACGCCAGAUGUUUGUAGUUCGCGUAAAGGAGAAGGAAGCUGAGUUGAAGGAGAGCGAAAAGGAGCUCCAUGCCAAAUUCGACAAGCUAAAGAAGGAUCAUGCCGAAGAGAAGCGCAAACUGGAGGAAUCGCGCAAAAAGCUGGAGGAAGAGUUCGUCGAAUUUAAUCGGCGCAAAUCACAGAUGACGGCACACCAUACGCUAACGCUGGGCAAGAGCAAAAAGAAAUGAACUUCCUAACGAAUGCAUGGAUGUGCGUUCCGGAUAGAUUCGUUACAAAAUACGCAACGCAUUGUUUCCAACUUUCUGCUCUCUUUCUCUCUUUCUCCUUCUAUUGUCGAAUUUUGUUUCGCUUUCAAUGCAGAAUUUGGCGAAUUUAUGUGGGAUUAGUUUUAGAAUGUGGCACAUUUCUUCCCCUCGUUUGAAGUAUCAAUUUAUUUCAUAAUUGUCUUGGCAGCAACACAAGGGUUCGGUGGCUUCGGUGUUGUUUAACAGAAAACUAUCGUACGAAACAAACCAAACAAAAAUGUAAUGUGCAAAAGUUUAUUAUUACAACGAUAGAAGCUGUACAAGGAACGUUUUAAAAAAAUGUGUUGAAAAGAAGCAUAGCCAAAAUUAUAAAAAAAUGAAAAAAGAAUAUAUAUGUACACUUUUUGACAAGGCUUCUCUUUCUGUAGGUGCACGGGAAAUAGAUAGAGUAUUACCUACCCAACCAAAAACAAAGAAAGAUUUAGCUCGACCAAGUUUAAUUGUAGAAAAAUUUCACUACGAAACCGCAAAGGCCAGUCUCACGUAAUGAAUACGGAUGCAUUCGAAUGGGGGCAUAAAUUAGCAAUGUUUUCCAUUUGCUUGCAGCCGUCCGGUGGGACUGAGUCCAUUUGUGUGUCGCGAUUAUUAAAUGUGAAAAGUGGAAAAAGUAUUGAAUUAACAAAUUUUAUCGAGACAUUUUUUCCCCCAUCUUAUUUGCAACGUAUAUCGUUCCAGGGUAUGAAAAAUAAAUUUUAUAUAUAAACGAUUUUAUUUUAAGCCAGAAUCGCACUAAAUGCAAAAUACGCAAACAGAUCUAAAAAAAGAAACAAAUUAAAUAAACAAAAGAAAAAGAAAUAGAGUAGAGUAGCGAGUUGGCAGCUGAAGUGGAAAGUAUGCAGACACGACAAGAUUUUAUUUACUAUUUCCAUUUGGUUUUGCUUAGUAGCGCAGUAAUACCAGCAAUGUUUUAACGGACUGUCUUUGCUGCGUGUUACGCAUGAAUCAUCCAUAUUUAAUGUAACUCUAUACCGCCUAAAAUACAGUCUGUUUGAUGAUUUAAGUAAGAUAAAAAGAA